CAAGCCUUAGUGGAUCCGUUAACAACUGCCCAAAUAUUUGCACGGAAGGCUGUCAGUGUGAUGAAGGUUUGCUCUCAGAUGGUGAUAAGUGUGUGUCUGUGGGAGACUGCGGAUGUGUUCAUAAUGGCAAAUACCUAAAGGUUGGCGAAGUCUCACUGACUGACGACAUGAAGUGUGUGUGUCACUUCCGCCGGUGGUGCUGGAGUGUGGCAAACAAGAUGGUUACCCUGAGCAAGGCCACUGUGUGUUUGAUGCAGAUGACCAGUUGCUGUCAUUUGAUGGUGUAAAGGGGACGGUUGGCCGGUCAGGAGCCUUCCAAAUGGCUUUCUUAUGUGAUCAAGAGUCUCCUGACUGGUUCCGUGUGGUGUUAGACGCACUUUACAUGUGCCAGGAAUGAUCCUAGCAAUGUGACAAUGGUCCAUGUCUUCUUCCAGGACAUGAUCAUCACAGUCAACAAUCGCCGACACAGCUGGGUGAAUGGGAAGAAGGUCUCGUAUCCCUUUAUGCCUAAAGAAGGGUUGUCAGUCUCAUACAGUAAUGAGACUGUCGUCAUUGAGAAGAUGUCUACCAUGAGACUGACUUACUCUGUCACUGAAGGGGUCGUUUUAUCCAUAAACGGAGAUCUGACAGGCAAAGUUUGUGGCACCUGUGGCAACUUUAAUGGAGAUGCUGCAGAUGAUAUGAGAACUUCUGAUGGGAGAAACUCCACUAUGAUGUCUCUGGUUGUAUCAUCCUGGCAGGCUGAAGACUUCUUUACAUGUGACAUGUAACAAACCUGGGAGGAAGAUUUUGCUACCACAGAGAUUUCUAAUAGGGAAAUUGUAAAUUGUAUUUAAUUUCACAUUGGGGUUUAGAAUGAUGCUUUCGUCUAAAACUGAAUGAUUUCUACAUACUCAAUAUGUUUUAGUCUGAUCUUAUUUCUGCACUUUUAUGAUUUGAGAUAAUGCACAUUAAAAUACACUUCUGAAAUCUACAUUCAAAAUUGUCUAGUAAUGUUUUUCAUAUUUUUUUCCCAUCUUGAUUAAUUAGAUAUGUAGACCACACAAAGCCCCGGUAGAUGGCAGCAACCUUC